CUUGAUUCCACUUCUAGGCUAUCCUUGAUUAUGCGAUUUGUUAUAAAACUCGAAUCUUGUCCCACAUAUCGAAAACCAGAAGAUGGAUGAUCUCUUCCAACAACUCGAGGCAGAAUACUGUCCGCCCAUUGACUCGGCUCUUUUCUUCGCUAUUGUCUCCGACUAUGAUCUGACAAACUCCGAAGCCACGACUGAGGUCAGAGCUACGCUAGAUGCUCUCAAGGCCACCGCAACAGAAGAAGAGGCCACUGGCUUUGAUGCCUCUGGGAGCGGCGCACAACAUGACGACUAUAGUCCCGGACAUCCCACAUCCAUGCCAGACACUUCUGGCUCAGUCUCGAGGGAGACCGACAUGACGAGUCUGUCCAUCGGCGUGUCAAGCGUCGACCUCAAUUCAGAAGGUUCCCCCGACCGCGGCGAAUACGACUUCGAGGCUUGCGACCAAGGGACAAAGGUCUCUAUCCUGAGAGACAUAUUCCCCUCACUCUCCGAGUACACCAUCUCUCACACACUGGCUCACCACGAUUCAAAAUGGAAGCCUGCAUUUGACGAUCUGUUGAACCAAGUCUAUUUCGAAGAAGGCGGCACUACGGAUGGCAGGGACAAGGUAUCGGCUAAGGGCAUCGAUGCCUUCAGCGAGGAGAACGUGGUGAAGAGGGGUCGUAAGGGCAAGAAGCGUGGUAAGAAUCUCAAGACCAUGGACGCCCUACGAUCCUCUUCGCUACCAACAGAAUCGCGACCGUCUGCCAACCAAUGGCAAACUGCCAAGGGUGAUGUGGACUUUAUAUCGGAUCGCGCCAACAUUCCUGCCCAGGUCGUACUUUCGCUGUACAACCAGGAAGAUCGCUCCGUUGCGCGGACCAUUUCGGCUAUUUUAAAAACUUUUCUGCCAGAAGACAGCAGAUCAGAGGAACCUGAGAUACAGGUGGAGGCUUCUACACUAGGUCAAGACUUCCCUGGUCUCGCGCCCAAAUACUUGAUAGCUCUGAUCAAAGUAACCGAGCCAUCACUUACGGCAGCUCGAGAAUUGGCCAAAGCAUUGACGACCAAGCCACUCACACCAGAAACCGGCAGCCGCGUCAUAAUUCCACAAUACGCCCCUGUACGCAUUUCCGAUGGCGACGACUUCUCCCAAAGCGGAUUCGACACCGACACAUCAGCCGUAGACUUCGGGACAGCUUCCACUUCCACAGCCAAACUCAGAGCAGCGCGACAAGCAGCAAUGGACCAAGCGCGCGCCGCAUACCGUAAAUCGCGCUCCGACCGCCUCAUGGGCGGCGCCGCCGGAUAUUAUUCGCAGGUCGGCCGCGACCAUGGAGCCGCACUGCACCAAUCCCAAGCCGCCGUCGCAAACGCCAUUGUAGCCGCUCAAUCUUCAGCCUUCGAGAUUGAUUUGCACGGUGUGACUGUGGAGAAUGCGGUGAGGAUUGCGCGGCAGAGAACGAAUGCCUGGUGGAGUGGAUUGGGGGAGAACAAGGUUAAUGGACGGGUGGGCGCUGCUGAGCGUGCCAGUGGCUUCCGCAUCAUAACGGGUGUGGGUAGGCAUAGUGCUGGUGGUAAGGGUGUCCUUGGUCCAGCGGUCAAAAAGGGUCUUGAACAAGAUGGUUGGAGGGUGGAGGUGAACAGCGGAGCUAUCACAGUCAAGGGCAAGAGCAGGAUGUGAAGGGACUGAAGCCUGUACUUGGAUAAUGCGAGUAUAUUGGAUAUCUCGAUCCUUGGACGAGUCACGAUCAUGCAUAUACUCCAUGUUGGCGUCCUAGAUAAUGUUUUAAUGUAAUAGAGCGCCUUUUCUGGGUCGCACAAUUAUCAACCCUACCAUCAUCGUCCACAGACUCCCCCAUUGGUUGUGAA